GAGAUAAGCGAAAACCAGCAGCCAAAAAAGCCAUCCAAACAAACAACAGAGCCUUCUCUCUCUCUGCACCUUUAAAAGCUUCCCUUGUGGUUUUCUCUUCUUUUCUCUCUCUCUCUCUCUCUCUCUCUCUCUGCCUUGCGUUUAUUCAUUUCUCUACCUCAUCGUCACAGAUUCUUUCUCUCUCUCUCUCUCAUCUCGAUCCCGAAACUGGCAACCAUGAGCGACGAAGGAGAAAAGACCUGCCCACUUUGCGCAGAGGAGAUGGACUUGACUGAUCAGCAAUUGAAGCCUUGCAAAUGUGGUUACGAGAUAUGCGUUUGGUGUUGGCAUCACAUCAUGGACAUGGCAGAGAAGGAUGAUACAGAGGGGCGGUGCCCAGCAUGUCGGGUUCCUUAUGAUAAGGAGAAGAUAGUAGGGAUGGCUGCUAGCUGUGAAAGAUUGGUGGCUGAAAUUAAUAGUGAGCGAAAGAAGUCACAGAAGGCAAAGACAAAACCUUCUGAAGGAAGAAAGCAACUCAGCAGUGUGCGGGUGAUCCAACGGAACCUUGUGUACAUAGUUGGGUUGCCUCUCAAUAUGGCAGAUGAAGAUCUUCUCCAGCGCAGAGAGUAUUUUGGUCAGUAUGGGAAGGUCCUGAAAGUGUCUAUGUCUCGAACAGCAGCUGGUGUCAUUCAACAGUUUCCAAACAAUACUUGUAGCGUAUAUAUAACUUACUUAAAGGAGGAAGAAGCGGUUCGUUGUAUUCAGUCUGUACAUGGAUUUGUCUUGGAUGGUAGAUCUUUGAAGGCAUGCUUUGGGACUACAAAAUAUUGUCAUGCAUGGCUGAGAAAUGUGCCUUGCACCAAUCCGGAUUGUCUAUACUUGCAUGAGAUAGGUUCUCAAGAAGACAGUUUUACAAAGGAUGAGAUAAUAUCAGCAUACACCAGGAGUAGAGUUCAACAAAUUACUGGUGCAACAAACAAUAUGCUGCGGCGUUCAGGGAGUAUGUUGCCUCCACCUAUAGAUGAUUAUAGCAGCAAUACUUCUGCUUCCGUCGCAAAACCUAUUGUCAAAAAUACUUCAAAUGGUACAAUGAGUACAGGCAAGGGUUCUCCACCAAAUGGAAGCUCUGGUAGGCCUAUUGCACUUCCUGCAGCAGCUUCAUGGGGGAUGCGUCCUGCUACUCAACCUCAACCUGCUGCUAGUUCAGCAUCUUUGAAUGGACUUACUAAACCAAAACCAGACACGGUUAAUGGCACAUUGGGAUUCUCAACAACAGUUGCAAGUACAACUCAGUCUUCUACUUUGCAUAGUGAUGUCGGAAAAAGGGCAACAUGGAAUGGAGACGGUCAAACUACCAAUGGUAAAGGCAAACAAGAUCCAUUGAAAUAUUUUAAGCAAAAUGCUGAAGAUUUUCAAGCCAAUGUGCCAGAUAAGCUAGCCACAAUUGAUUGUACUGUUACUGAAACAUCGAGUAAUCAGUCAUGUAGUCCUCCAUCUAAGCACAGUGACUGGGGCCCUGCUUUGGUGUCAAAUGGUCCAAACACCUUUCUUCAUGCUGUGCCAUCUUCUGGGCCUGAAAAGGUGGGAAUUACUGCUACUGAUAAAGAAUCAAUAAAUGCUGACAAUAAUUUUAGAAGCGAACUUUCUGGUUUAAUGAGAACUAGUAGUUCACUUACAGAUCAUAGUGUGAUAAAAUUGGCUUUGUCACCUGGGAGUCUAGGAUUAGAGCAAUCAUAUCCUGAUCAAUUUAGAGAACCUGUAGCCUCACCAGGAAGUGAAAAAAUUUAUGGUCCAAGAGAACAGCCUGAUUGGAGAACUGAUCGUCAAAUUCAAGCAGUUACAAAUAGUGUUUCUGAAGUGGAGGAGGAUAUAAUAUCAUUUGAUAAUCAGAGACUCAAGGAUCCAGAAGUUGUAAAUCGUACUUCAUAUCUUCCAAAUUCAGCUAAUUCACUCCAUGUUUCAAAUCAUUCUAGGUCUCAUUCCUUGCAACAUAAUGAGCCUUUCAGUGCUGUUAAUGUAAAUUCGGAUCCUUUAUUCAUGGAUAAUAGAGUUGGUGACCGCUCACUUGUGCAUGCGUCUAACUAUAAUGUAAUGCCAAAUGGAUAUCCAGAGAAGUUAUACAGCAGUUCUGCUGGUUUGGACAGAAACAUGGAGCAUUCCUUCUCUCUUCUAAAUGAAGGGGACGGGGGGAAACAAAUGGGAAGAUUUCAAGAAGAUACAGCAGCCUUGGAUGUGGGUGAGAGCAGCAUAAUUUCAAAUAUAUUAUCACUUGACCUUGAUGGAUGGGAUGACCCAUUAACUUCACCUCAGAAUUUGGCUAAUCUGUUGGGUGAAACUGAUAAACAGCCUAACUCUAUCAAAAUGUCGGGUUCUUGGAAAGUUCAAAAUAACAGUCAGUCUAGGUUCUCUUUUGCAAGACAGGAGGAAUCGAGAAGUCAUUUAGUUGAUGUUGAUCCAUCUUUUAAUGUUUUUGGGAAGUUGACAGAGAAUCUUUCAUUUAGUCAGGAUUUUUCAGAAAAAAGAAAUUCGUAUUUGGGUAGGGUUGGGAUGAGUAAUGGUUUCUCUACCAGUAAUUUUGAGGAAUCUGAAAAUUUCACUAGUGGUCCUUCGGUUUUCUCUUCUAAUAAGCCUUCUGUUUCAAGAGCCCAAAUUUCUGCCCCUCCUGGAUUUUCUGUUCCCAACAGAGCUCCACCUCCAGGCUUUUCUUCUCAUGAGAGGAUGGACCAGAUCUUUGAUACCAUAUCUGGGAGUCAUUUGUUCGACUCUUCUUCCAUGCUGAGAAAUUCAUAUCAGCCAGCUUCAACUGGAAAUAUUAGUGGCAGUGGGGAUAUUGAGUUCAUGGAUCCUGCAAUUCUGGCAGUUGGUAAAGGGAGACUUCAAGGUGGGCUUAACAAUCCAGGCUUAGACAUGAGACCGAAUUUCCCACAACAGCUAAGUGCCUAUGAUAAUGAGGCAAGGCUUCAGUUAUUGAUGCAACGAUCUCUCUCACCACACCAGAACCUGAGAUAUACUGAAAUUGGGAAUAGCUUUUCUGCUCUUACUGAUUCUUAUGGCAUUUCCUCUAGGCUUGUGGAUCAAUCACAAAUAAGCAAUCUAUCUCCUUUCAUGCAAAUGUCCCUUCAGCAUUCUAGGAAUGGGCUUAUGUCAAAUGGGCACUGGGAUGGCUGGAAUGAGUUUCAGGGUGGAAACAAUCUUGGUGUCGCAGAACUCCUGCGUAAUGAGAGACUGGGAUUGAACGAGUUCUACAAUGCUGGGUAUGAAGAUUCUAAGUUUCGAAUGCCAAGCUCAGGAGACUUGUAUAACAGAACAUUUGAGAUGUGAACACUGUUGGAAUGACAUUUUUUGUACCUGGCAGCAAUGGCCAAUCGAGAAGCAUAAAUGAUCUAUAUGCAAUUAUGUGGCCUUGUACUGAAGUAUGGGACGGACUCAUCAAUGGUCUCUUUGGGCAGCCUAAUGAAGGAUAAACUCCCGAAAAUCGGGGUCUUGAAGGCAGCAGGUAAUGAUAAUCUUUUUGUGUGUUUCCUUGUGACUAGUAGUUUCUAGUGCAUUGUGGAAAUAAUUGUUGGAGCUUUGGCUAACUUGUAAUUGCUUAUACAAGCAUGUAUGUGAAAAAAAAUAGAAGUUGCAUGGUGACUCGGGAAAGGGAAAGGUAACAUGCGUGGGAAGCAUGUACUUGUCAAAAUGGGGACAAGAUUGCAUCAUUAAUUAGUUUUGCUUUUCUUGUGUAUAUUGGCCCUUUACAGGUGGACGAAGCUGCAACCUACAUUUGAUAUGAAGAUUGUAUUGUGAAAUGAUGUAUAAUGUGAAACUGGCGGGUUGAUCCUCUAGUCGGUUGAUUGUUUUGCUCCUUGUUAUAUAGGAAAGAGUAAAUUUUGGUUGCUACUCUCACAGCUAAAUAGAUGAAGUUUGAAACGUCCUUGUCCCUUUUUCAUUUCUUCAUUUUGCCUUUUGGGUGAUUCCGAUGCUGCCUACUGCCUCUUUAGUGUUCAUAUGAACGAAGUUUUAGAGUUGAAAAUUACAAUGAGUUUGUUACAUUCAAUAUGAUUCCAAGUUUUUUUGGUA